AGGGUGUGGAUGUUUCAGGGCCAUCUCUAAACAUAGUGCAUAGGACGCCUGCUCCAGCUGUUCUCUUCCAGCAUUGUUAGUUAGUAUCUACCAUCUGUCAGUGACUGAGAUACAGAGUGCCUUCAGGGAAGUCCUUGUCUGGCAGGGAAGAUAGGCAGCCAUGAUCACGUGAUGAACAUAUGGUGGCGUGCAAGAGGAGGGGGAAGCAGUUAUUUACCAAGAAAAUUGGCAAGAUAAGAUGACUCUUUUUUUUUUUUUUUCCCCAGUGAGUUGAUUCUUGAGCAGGACUUUAGAAGAUGAGCAAGAUUUUUGCCAAAAGGAGAAAAAAAGGAAAGCAUGAACAGAAAGGGGGAGGUAUGGAAGUACAUGAUGUGUGCAGAAGCCACUGAAAGACUUUUGUUAGAGAGGGAUAUGACGUGAUCAUAUUUGUAUUUUGGAAAGAAAACUGAGGGACACUGUUGCCCUUGAACAACACAGGGGUUGUGUUGCUGACCCCCAGCACAGUUGAAGAUCCAGAUAUAACUUUUGACUCCCCUAGAACUCAACUACCAGUAGCCUACUGUUGACCAGAAGCCUUACCAAUAACAUAACAGUUAAUUGACAGAAUUAAUUAAAAGGAUUUACUAUAUGUCUUAUGACUCUUUACCAGAACCUUGGGAGACAGAUAAAGAUGAAUGCUGUGUUUCAUCCAAUACUGAAAAUUUGAAGUUUAGAAGACGUUUGCUAAGUCAAAUCACUUUAAAUGGACUUGCGAAGAUAUGGGUGUAUGAAUGCACACUGCAGCUUUAUCAGAGCAAAAGACUGAGAACAAUCUCAUUGUCAGUCAUUGGGUGGAUGGUUAAGAAGUUGUGGCUCUAGGCAAUGAAAUACUAUACAGCCUUUAAAAAGAAUGAAGAGGGAGCACCUGGGUGGCUCAGUCGAGCGUCCAACUCUUGAUUUCAGGGAAGUUGCGAUUCAAGUCCAGUACAUCAUAAUGCAGAAUUCCUUAUCAGUACCACCAAAAGAUCAAGGCGAAUCACACAUCCCUUCUGGAACGAUUCAGAGUGGGAAAGGUUUGCAGAGUAAGAGUCAGUUUAGGACCAUUGCGCCAAAAAUCGUGCCCAAAGUCCUAACGUCCAGACUGCUAUCGUGCCAUUCCCCGUCACUCUCCGAGCAGGUGAAUCCAGGACCCUCCACCAACGCCAAGCCCCUGGGGGUGCCCGCCCAAAAUUAUGCUCUGAUGCAGGUUGCUGGACAGGAGGGGACGUUUUCUCUCGUCGCUCUACCACACGUUGCCUCAGCUCAGCCAGUCCAGAAGCCCAGGCUACCGCUGCCUGAAAACCUUAAACUGCCUAUUCCCCGAUACCAACCCCCAAGAAACAACAAAGGAUCAAGAAAGAAACCCGUUCGGAGCUCCUCUGAGAGUGGUGGUGGCAUACCUCCUGCCCAAACGCAAACGUCUCCCACCCCACCUGACCAUCCCGAACCCCUGCCCAAAGCCGGCCCCUUGGAGCAGGUGCCAUCACAAGCCCAAGCCCCAGCCGGCGUCAGCUCGGCACCACCAGCCAACCAAGGUGGCCCCGGAGACUCUCCACCUCCGGUGGCCAGUGACUGUGGAGAUCCGAGCCCUCCUGCCGCCCCGACACCGUCCACACCAGAGGAGCCCUCUGCCAAGCAGGACCUUGCAAAGACUUCAGGGAAAGCAAACUUGGCGACCAGGAAAACCUGCAGUAAGGCUUCUUCCGUUGCCAGUGGAAAACUGAAAGAACAAGUCGAUCUUGCAAAAGCCAUGACCAUUUUAUCACCAGCUGUUUUUGGCAACACACUUCAGCUCAUCUCUCCAGUCCCCAAAGGUAAACUGCCGAUCCUCCCAUACGCCAGAAUGAGAACAGCAGAGGUGUGCAGAGGUCCCUCAGAGGUUACCACCACAGACAGUUCUCUGCCUGGGCUCAGGGCCGCCUGUGAUCAGACCUCCUCCAUCACGGAAGGCUUUCAGGCAGCCACCAAAAUGGUUGGCAAGACACCUGCUCUGCAGUCGUCAAAGCAGAGUCCCUGCGAGAGUGUUUUUUGUCCCGCCGCCAGGCUGGAUCUCAGCCACAAAGCAAAACUGAACAGCGGGGCGGCAAAGAGAAGAGUACGUAAACGAAAGGUACCGGAGGAAAUGUUGGCGUUUCAGGGGAAAAGGAGGAAGUGUAUCAUUAAUAAGUGUAAAGAGAGUAAAGAAAGAGUGAAAACCGAUCCCCAAGAAUCCAGAGACCAAAAACCCGGGGCUCUGAAGAAAUACCGCAGCAUUAUGCCUAAGCCUGUGAUCGUGGUGCCCACUCUGGCUCCCGUGGCUUCUCCAGCAGGUGCGUUACAGCCCCACACACCCGGCAGCCUGGCACAGGACGUUCUGUUGGGUAAUUCACUCACUCCUAAGUAUCUGGGCUGGAGGCAGGAUGGCGGUGCCUCUGCGAAGCCCAGCUCUGUGCUGCGGAAUGGCUUCCCCGGCAUCAAGAAGCCUUGGCACCGGUGCCACGUCUGCAACCACCACUUCCAGUUCAAACAGCACCUCCGGGACCACAUGAACACACACACGGACAGACGGCCUUACAGUUGUCGGAUCUGUCGCAAGGCGUACGUGCGGCCCGGCAGCCUGAGCACGCACAUGAAACUCCACCACGGUGAGAACCGUCUCAAGAAACUCGUGUGCUGCGAAUUUUGCGCCAAGGUGUUCGGCCACGUCAGAGUCUACUUUGGCCAUCUAAAAGAAGUGCACCGGGUCGUCAUCAGCACCGAGCCCUCCCCCGGGGAGAGGCCGCCGGGGGACGUGCCGAAGAACAGGGGCCUGAGCGCGCGAGGGCCGGAGGGAUCCGUGGAGAGGGAAAACAAGUCGAGCCUGGAAGAAGACCUCCUCCUCACCCAGGCAGAUGAAGUCAAGUUGCAAAUCAAAUGUGGCCGCUGUCAGAUCACUGCUCAGUCUUUGGCUGAAAUCAAGUUUCAUUUACUUUACAUCCAUGGAGAGGAAAUUCAGGGCCGGCUGCAAGAGGAGAUCCUACCAGGAAGCAGAGGCGCUCAGGAGGACCUGGUGAAACACGCUGCUCCUUUCUGGAAACAGCAUCCUGAAAGAAGAAAGCUACUUAACAAGCACGGCCCCCCUGAUGAGGAGUUCCCCACAUUUCCCAAACUGAAAAGGCAGCUCUGCCUUCAUCCCCAGAAGGAUAUGGAAAUCCUCAGGAAGGCUGAAGGAGCCCAGGCAGGACCCAGCGAGGCGGGGGCGGGUCCCAGCCCCUACGCCCCCCAACUUCGGUCCCAUUCAGGCUUUAACUGCGUCUUGUGCACACAGACACUGCCAAGGAAGGAAGAACUCCUCCUGCACUGGGAGCAGCAACACAACUGUGAGGACCCUCCCAAGCUGUGGACGAUUUUAAACGCCCUCUCCCACCAGGGAGUGAUCGGACUUUCUGGCAAAACUGAACAAUGAAAUACUGGGGUGGGAAGGGGGUUAAAGAGAGUGUUGCUUGCUUGCUUUCUCUUUCUCUCAAAGCUUUGUGUUCCUAGGGUGGUGCUUAGUUAUAAAAGUCAAACAAGUUAGGAUCAGCAUUAAUGAGCACAAGUGAUUUUGUGCAUAGUUUUAUUUUCUUAUGAAAUAUACUUAUAUAUAUAUAUAUGUCUUCGAUGUAUAUUUUUCUAGCCACAUGCAGUUUUAUUUCAGAAUUCUGUGUACCAAUUGUUAAGUGUCCCAGACCUUGAGAAUAAAUAAAAAGAUGAAAAUUUGGAGAUUGAACUGUAAAAAAUGAGAGGCUGUUCUUCAAAUACUGUUUUCAGCAUGUCUGAGUGUGUGCAUAUAUCAUUUUGUUCAGCUGGUUUCUGUUUAAGUAGACCGACAAAUGUGAUACGUUUCCAGGUGGCAAAACCAGUUCAAUCUCAAGUGUAGUAUAGUGUUGAUAUUUAUCAGAUUUGCUGGUGUAGUAGGAGAGGCUAUAGAGCAGUACAUUUAAUAAGGUUCGUGUCUACUGUAAUGGAAAAUCCAUGUUUCUGGGACUUAGAUUUUUUUUGUUUUAAUUUUGCUAUUUUCUUAAAUGUACAUUGCUUUGAAGAUCAGAUGUUGGUUAAGCCUUACAGCUGUAGUGUUCCAUAUCAAAGUAAUCAAAACUUUUUUAGUACUUCAGCUAAUAAAAAAAC